AUGCGAAAGACCGAUACCAAUCCAGAGGUCGCAACAAAAAACCAAUAUGAGCAACUAUCGCAUGAUAGGGAUACGGACGCCGAAGUUACAUUCAAGCUCACCAGAGGCGCUGGAAAAAAUGACAGUGGCGACAGCUGCAAUAAUCAAAGCAACAUAAACCAUAGCGUGGCACCAAGACUCAAGUCACCACCACUCUAUGUUCAACUUAACGAUAGCAAAUCGGCUAUUACAUUCUUGAACACUAAUAACCACGGUAAUAAAGUCACUGAAUUCACAGCUAUAAAAAUAAAAACUGGUUCUAAUAUCAAUCUUGUUGUAAUCAGUGUCUAUGUCACACAAUGUGUGGGACAGUCCUUCAUCAAUGAAUUUCACAAAUUAGUUGAAGACUUCAAAUUAAGUAACAGCGACAACUACUACAUAAUUGCUGGUGAUCUUAAUGCCAAGAACAUCAGUUGGGGGGAUGCUGUCUCGAAUGACCGAGGAGAUCAAUUGGUUCAGUGGAUUGAAAAAAACGACAUUUACUUCAAAGCAACAUUACUUUCGCCAGAGAAACCAACCUUCCCAAAAGCUGGCUCAUACCUGGACCACUGCCUCAUUGAUCUAAGAAUUAAGGUUGAGAACCUGGUGAAUGGAAAACUACAAACGCUACCGUAUGAUAGCCAUCGUAUUGCUAUUACUAUGACUAUUAAUGGAGAUGAUAUUGAUCCUGGGAUUAAAGAAGAGCGCUUAGGCUACUCUGGAGCAUAUAAUUUUAAAAAAGCUAAUUGGAGUAAAUUCAACAAAUACAUAACCAAAAUAUAUACUGAUGAGCUUAAAAUCCCGUAUAAUAGAAACCUUUCGAUAAGAGAAAUAGAUAAAUACAUAACGCAGCUGGAAGACAAAAUAUAUGAGGCCGUCAAAGCAACAAUACCUAAAAUAACUAGAAGAGAUGACUACUACAUUAAGUAUAACAAUCGAAAGAUAAAGAAGUUGCAUGCGUACAAGUCAUUCCUCAUCAGUAGACAAUUUAAUAAUAUUGCAAUCAGCACAGAAGAAAGAAAUAGAAUAAAAUUCAUCAUAAAACGAAUUAACAAACUCGUGCACAAAGAAUUCAGAAAAACUGUCACAGCAUACUGGGAAACCCAAGUUAAGAGUAUCAACUAUAGAAACACGUCAGAGUUUUUCCCCAAAAUAAACCGAAUACUCAGGCCACGAAAAGACAUUAAGAUCAAUACACUAAAAGUCGCCAUUGACAGUAGCCAUCUCGGGACGCAUUUAAAUAAUAAAUAUCCCGAGCUAGUUGUAAAUAAUGAAAUAAUAGCUUCAGAUCCAGAUGUUAGGCUACAUAUAAUUGGCAAAUAUCUAGAAAGCAUAAAUUCACCACGCUACACCAACUUAGGCACCAGCAUCAAGAAGAUAGUUGAUGAUACAGCAGGAAAAAUCAAACAGAUAAACGACAAUAUGAGGAAGAACAAAUACACCUUUGUAACAUUCACGCAAACAAAUCCAGCAUACUACCCAGCCCAUCAAGGAGAAGACCUGAAGUUUAUGUUCAGCUGCCGCGAAGUAUGGGAGAUAUUGAAGAAAUUGAAAAAUAAGACCUCAGCUGGGCUUGAUAGCAUUCCUACAGUCGUACUCAAGAAUCUGCCUCAAUAUAUAAUCAAAGAAUAUACAAUAAUUUUCAACAAUGCUAUCAACAAUGCCUAUUGCCUCAGGCGAUGGAAAGCCGCUAAAAUAUUGCCCAUACCGAAGAAAGACAAAAACCCAGAAGCCCCUCAAAGUUAUAGACCAAUUAGCUUAAUAAUGAGCAUCGGCAAAAGUUUUGAGAGACUCAUUAAAAAACAAAUAGACCAGAUCAUCAGCGACAAAAAAAUAAUCGCGGAUAAUCAGUUCGGGUUUAAGAACAUGCAUGCAACCAUCCAUGCAAUAAAUAAAUUCGUAUCCGACAUCAACAACAGUCUACACAACAACAUGAUCGUAGGUGCAGCUUUACUGGACCAAGAAAAAACAUUUGACUUGGAUUGGAUCAACGGACUUAUUUAUAAACUAGACAAACUAAACUUUCCCAAAGGAUUCAUCCUCCUUCUAUAUAACAUGCUCACGGGCAAUUUUUUCUACACACGAGACGGUUUGACACUCUCUAAUGAUAGCUUCCGGAUAGAAGAGGGGCUCCAACAAGGAAAAGUUCUAUCACCAAUAUUGUUUAAUAUCUACGAUAGCGACACUAAGGAGGCAGCGGAUCUGGAAAGAGAUGGGGUGAUGUCUAAUUCUUUUGCAGAGAACAGAGUGAUUUACCUGGCAAAUAGAAAUGUUGACAUAAUUGUCGGGAAACUUCAAGAUAGAGUGAAUAAAAUCAAUAAGCACUAUCUACUCUGA